AUGAGAAUAUUUCUUAUUUUUUUCAUUCUCUGCAUAUUUGCCUUAGACGUAAAUGGGACUUUUUGUUUAGACAAUAUUACAUCAAAGGCAAUAUUAAGAAGGAAUUACAAGAAUGUAAUCCAAUUAUAUAAUGGAGCAAUGUAAAUAACUGCUAGGACUAAUAUGUUUAUAGUGCCAAUUAUAGAUAAUAGUCCUAUAAGAGAUUUAAUUUAUUUUCCAUAUAAUGGAGUAGUUGGGCAUGUUGCCGUUCCGUUACAUGGUACAAUAAUUAUAGAAUUUCUAUAAUCAUAUCUAAUAAAUAAGAUUAGGUUUUGGAUGUACGAUUAUGAUAGCAGGAUAACCCAUAUGCAAGUAUUUGCAAUUGGAGAUGAUAGAAUGACAGAAACAUUAAUAUAUGAAGGUUCAGCCCCUCCAGGUGUAAUGGCUGUCAAAUUUUCCUAAUUAUCAGUCUCAAAAUUAAGAUUCUACAACAAAGAUGGAAAUACUUUAUACGAGCAUAUGUCACUUUUAAAGAUUUAAGCAUAUUACGCUUUCUGAUUGAUUAAAUAGAAUUUAAUUAUUAAUCAAGUUAUUAAUAUAUAUGCUAA